UUUCCAGAGCUUUGCAGUGUUUGCUUACUGUAGCGGGUGCUGCUCGCUCUAGUUACUGAGCGCGGUUCACAGGCGCUGCUGUGUUGAUCUUGUGAAGGUGAUCAAGUGAUUCGCAUCAUCCCAUCUGUAUCUCAUGAUCCACACAAGCACGUCGCCGAUUAUCAUUCCCAGGACUGGAAAACAUUUUUUUCGUUCAAGCCCUGGGGAGUCACAGCAGCCCCUCGGUUGAAGCCACAUCCCCGCCCCACUGCCCGGCUCCUCUCCUCUGAUGAAUCGGUCAGACUCUACCGUGCAGCUGCGACCGCGGGUCCCGUUACCGGCUCUUCUGUGCUGUUAUGAAGAGGAUGGCCAGCGCUUGCCUGUUUGCUCUGACUCUGCUUCUAACCAUUUCAUUGGCGGUGGUGGUGCCCCGGACUCCAGUGACGUCACCUCCAGGCAGUGAUGUCACUCUCAGCUGCUCUUUCUCCUAUAAAGAGGGGGCUGGUCUCAGCAGAUUGGUGGUUACAUGGCAACGCCCUCCUGUCGAUCAUGUGGUCCACAGUUUCUAUUACGGUCGAGACCAGCUGGAUCUGCAGAAUGAAGCCUACAGGAAUCGGACCCAGCUGUUCCCAGAGCAGCUCGGUGUGGGGAACGCCUCCCUCAGACUGAAACAGGUGCGGGGGGAGGGUGAGGGCCGGUACACCUGCGCUGUCACCAACCAAGUGGAGAGCACCAGGGGAGACGUGCAGCUCCUAGUGGCAGCCCCUUACAGUGAGCCGCAGUUAGCCAUUUUCCUGCCUAACCCCGGUGGUCAUGUGACCCUGACUGUCAAGGUGACGGACGGCUAUCCCCAGCCCACACUGCUGUGGCUGAAUGCUGCAGGAAGUGACAUCACAAACCAGAGCCACACCUCCAAGUCUGUGGAUAGCAGGGGGCUGUACCAGAUCCGGAGCGAGCUGGAGGCGGUGGUGAAAGAAGCAGAGACCUUCACCUUUGAGCUGGAUCAUCCAGUGAUGGAGCAGAGAGUGAGGGCGAGCCGUCACCCUGCACCCAAGCACAGGCGAUCGUAUUGAACAGAGAAGCCGGCUGCCCGUUACAUUCUCACUGCUGCUUGUGUUGCUGCUGGUGAUCGGCGUGUUUCUUUAUGGAGCUGGACCAGCUGUGACAGGCUGAGUGAUCCCUCCCUCUGCUCAGAAACCAGACCGGCUACCCCCUUUAUACUGCAGUGACUGGAUGGAGGGACCAGGGGAGCUCAGCCUGUUAUUAUUAUUAUUUUUUUUUAAUGUCAGUUUAUUAAAAACAAUGCAGUAAGAUGUGCUCUUGUUCAGUAAAGAGCAGUGCAACACGUCGUGGGCGUGUUUGUAUUAAAAAUGACUUGAUUAACUACACUGUCCUGUUCACGAUCGUCAUCAAAUAUGUUUUGUUGGAAAAUGUCAAACAAAAUAGUCAUUUAUUUUCGUUUGUGUUUUUUGUUCGGGGUCUACUUCAGUCUUACACUCCUAAUGUGCCAGGGUUGUUUUGUUAUUUCUGUUUUUCAUUCAAAUUCAGAUCCAUUUCAUGUUUCUUUUUUAAACAAAUCCCUAUUCCCUUUUAAUCAGUUCUAACACGGCAUUGAUUAACAUUGCAAUGAGCAACAUUCUGUUAAAACAGAGCUGCUCACAGUGGUGACAAACUGCCUCAGUCCGGAUGGCUGUUGUUCAUUCAGACUGAAAGAAUGCGGAUGUUUCAUGAAGCCAGAUUGUCUUCAGAAGCCUGAAACGUUCAAUGACGUCUGAAACUCGGAGGCAUCCAAACCCUGUCUUCAGAAUGAGUCAAACAGUUUCAACAAGUUGUUAAUUAAAAGUCAUUUACUUCCAGGUCUCUUGUUCCUCGCUGUAGGAAUUCAACAUGACGCUUUACGGAGCAACACUACCAUCUAGUGGACUGGCAUGGAAACACCACUUCAUUUUUUUAUUACCACAAGGGUAAGGUAUAAGAGAAGCAGUGAGACCCAUUUUAAAGUCUCCUUCAGUUCGUUGGGUCGGCCCAGUAAGAUCUGAGGUUUGCUGAACUGUAGCAUUGAAACUAAACAGAUGCCCAUGUUCUUGUUAAGCUGUAUCUGAAUAAAUGAAGGCAAGCGACACGCACUGUGUUUUCAAUGGCACUGCUUUUAAUAGCCUCUUUUCUCUGUCAUAAUCAGUGAUAUCUUAUUGACGAGGAUGUUUCCUGAAGCACAGAGGAAGAAAUCCUCCACAGUCUGGAUCUGUUCCUGCUUGUGGCAAAGUGGCUGGCUGACCCACUUCCCUGACCUGGAAACGAACUGUCAGGCCAGCCCUUCCAGAUACUUCUCCUCCCGUUCUUUAUCGCCCUCCCAGGUCGGGAGAAAGAUUCAUCACCAGAACUCAUCUUUCCGUCACACUGCUUCAUUUAAUUAUUUAUUUUUUCUUAAUGAAUUUAGAAUGCCCUGACUGUGUGAUUUGCCCUGCACGCUACACGGCCGUGCCUUUACCAGGUGAGCCCCUCGGGGACCCCGACUUAUUCAGUGUAGCAGGUUACAGUUGCGAUCUUCCGCACUAUCGGGACUGGAGGAAUGCGAUCGCUGAAACGACAAACAGAUGCGCGCAAGGCGAGAGUGGGUGCAGCAUUUGAGCGCAAGAAAGGCUAGAUUGUAUUGAACAUCAACCUGUGCAUUCGUUGCAAUAAGUACUAACUUGCGUAUUAACCACGGGGCCAUCCUCAGUGAGUACGCUCCUUUCAGUUCAUUGCAAUUGACCCUAGAUGUGUAUGGGUUAUUUAUUUGUUGCUAGUUAAGCUUGUCGGGUUGUGAGUCUAGCUUACCUGUACGUCGUGGUAUGAGACCCCUCUAUGUUAAUAAAGCAGCGGUCUGUGGUUCGUUACAAAACAUAAGUCCGUUACUGCGUAUGGAUUUGUUAAUGUUUGUAAUCACUGUACAAACAUGUGCAGGGAGAGGCUUGAUAAUUCAACACCAGUCAGCUCAAAACAGUUUCGCACCAAUUUUCACAACGAUUUGCAUCCCUAAACUUGGUUUCAGGAGACUAGGUUUCAG